GCACGACGUGCAAUAUGAUAGAGGGAGGAGAGAGAGAGAGAGAGUCAAAGUCUUUGCGAAGUCUACUGUCUACGCCGGGGAAGAGCUUCCACCUGCCUCGAUCACACACCAAAUAUCCAAGUAAGAUCGAUGACCAUUCGUUCGUCAUGAGAGCUACCUCCUCCAAACACCAUGCCCUCGUCUUUAUCCCGCGACGGCCGUCGCCUGGUCCUCCUCGCCGUGGCUGUGGUGAGCCUCACCGUUGCUACCUCCAGGGACACCACGAGUCGUUUCACAUGGCUCGACUGCCCCUCUCAGGCGUCGGCGCCGGCGCCGUUUUCGUCGUCGCCGCCGCCCUCCACCGUCAACAGCACCUUCCCCUCCAACGUGCUCGCGCUACUGCACGCCCUGCCGUCCGCGGCCGCGCCCACGGGCUUCGCUUCCCUGUCCCGCGGCGAGCCCUGCCGUCCGCGGCCGCGCCCACAGGCUUCGCUUCCCUGUCCCGCGGCGAGGGAACCAGCCGCGGCUUCGUCCGGACUCCGGAGCCUCUGCCGCGGCGACUCCGCGCUGGACGUCUGCUCCCGGUGCCUCCAGAGGGCUGCGCUCCACAUCGACAGACACUGCAGUAGCAACCAGGGGCGGAGACAGGGGGCGCGGGCAGGGGCCUGUCCCCUAUGAUUCCCAAAUUUAUAUUGAAUAUUUGAAUUUUGAUUA